CUGGACCAGUCGCAUGCGCAUCACCAUCACGCACGAGGAGGAGAUGCGGCGCUGCUCCUGGAUGAGGCAGAGGAGGAAGAGGAGAAUCUGCCGGAGCAUGCGUGUGCUUAUUGCGGCAUUCACAACACGAGCUGCGUGGUGCGAUGCCUGGUCUGCAACAAGUGGUUCUGCAACUCCCGCGGCCUCACCUCCUCCUCGCACAUCGUCACGCAUCUGGUGCGCGCCAAGCACAAGGAGGUCUCGCUGCACGCAGAGUCGCUGCUCGGCGAGACGACGCCAGAGUGCUACAAUUGCGGCGCCAAGAAUGUCUUCCUGCUGGGUUUCAUCCCGGCCAAGAGCGAGACGGUUGUGGUGCUGCUUUGUCGAUCCCCUCCGAGGCCGAGCAGGCGCGAGCGCGGCCCAUCUCCUUCCGGCAGAUGAACCGCCUCGAGGAGCUGUGGAAGGAGAACGAGCGUGCGACCCUCGAAGACGUCGACCGGCCAGGCGUGGACGAGGAGCCGCCGAGUGUGCUGCUGCGCUACGACGACGCGUACCAGUACCAAAACAUUUUCGGCCCGCUCGUCAAGAUCGAGGCAGACUACGAUCGCAAGCUCAAGGAGAGCCAGACGCAGAACGACCUCGUCGUGCGCUGGGACCAGGGCCUGAACACCAAGAAGAUCGCCUGGAUGAACCUGCCGCGCCUCGAGAGCGGAGAGGUGCGCCUGGCGGUGGGCGACGAGCUCAAAAUCAAGUACACGGGCGAGCUGGCGCCGCACUGGGAGGGACUGGGACACGUGCUCAAGGUGCCGAACAACGUAUCCGACGAGGUGGCGAUCGAGCUGCGUCGCUCAGACGGCGUGCCCGACUGGUGCACGCAUAAUUUCAGCGUCGACUUCGUGUGGAAGAGCACGUCGUUCGACCGCAUGCAGUCUGCGAUGAAGACGUUUGCCGUCGACGAGCAGAGCGUCAGUGGCUUCAUCUACCACAAGCUGCUCGGCCACGAGGUGGAGCCCGUGACGCUGCGCACGGCCAUGCCGAAGCGCUUCAGUGCGCCCGGCCUGCCUGAGCUCAACCACAGCCAGGUCGGCGCCGUCAAGUCCGUGCUGCAGAAGCCGCUCAGCCUUAUCCAGGGCCCUCCGGGCACCGGCAAGACGGUCACGAGUGCAACGAUUGUGUACCAGCUCAGCAAGAUGAACCCGGGCCCCGUGCUCGUCUGCGCGCCCUCCAACGUCGCAGUCGACCAGCUGACGGAGAAGAUCCAUGCCACGGGCCUCAAGGUCGUGCGCCUGACCCGCCUCAUCGUGCUGGGCAACCGGCCGAUCCGCCUCGAGGUGCAGUACCGCAUGCACCCCUGCCUCGCCGACUUUCCCUCCAACAUGUUCUACGAGGGCACGCUGCAGAACGGUGUUACGGCGCCCGAGCGUCUGCGCAAGCACGUCGACUUUCCCUGGCCCGUACCGACGCUGCCCAUGUUCUUCUACCAGAACCUGGGCCAGGAGGAGAUCUCGAGCAGCGGCACCUCGUUCCUCAACCGCACCGAGGCGUCCAACGUCGAGAAGAUCAUCACGGCCUUCUUCAAGGCCGGCGUCACGCCCUCGCAGAUCGGCGUCGUGACGCCAUACGAGGGACAGCGUAGUUACAUCGUCAACCACAUGCAGUACCACGGCAAGCUGCGCAAGGAGUUCUACAAGGAAGUCGAAGUGGCGUCCGUCGAUGCGUUCCAGGGCCGCGAGAAGGACUACAUCAUCCUCUCGUGCGUGCGCUCGAACGAGCAUCAGGGCAUCGGCUUCUUGAGCGAUCCGCGUCGUCUCAACGUGGCCCUCACGCGUGCCCGCUACGGUCUCGUCAUCCUCGGCAACCCCAAGGUGCUGAGCAAGCAUCCGCUCUGGCACUACCUGCUCGUGCACUACAAGGAGAAGGCAACACUUGUCGAAGGCGCCCUCUCGAACUUGCAGCCGUCGAUGAUCCAGUUCAGCAAGCCGCGCCGGCCGCUGCAGAAGCCCGGCGACCUCACCGCGCGGCACCACCUCGACGCCGACGGCGUGGCGGGCGCCGGACUCAACGGACACAAGAGCAGCAGCAAUGGACACGCAGCUGCUGGUGCCGCUUCCGACGUGCCGUUCUACCGCCACGACCACGUCUCGUACAUCCCGAGCGACGCGCAGAGCAUCGCGAGCCUCGGCACACAGGCGCCCUACCCUUCCGCCCACCUGCCGCCCUUUGCGUCCGCAAGCAGCAGCGUGAGCGGCAGCUCGCGUCUCAACGGCUCGGGCGCUGCCGGCGGAGCUCCAAGCUACGCAAGCAGCAUCAUGAGUCAGGAUGUCGACAACGAGAGCACGGCGGGCAGUCUCAUGGCGCCGCCUAGCAUCACGUACAGCCAGAGCGAUCGGCUGCGUCGUCGUCUUAGCCUGAGCAGCACGGGCGGCUCAAGCGACCUCGCGAGCCUGGCGGGAUACAAGAGUCAGGCCUCGACGGCGGACCGCGACGAUGACGAUGCACGCAGCGACUACUCGGCGGCCCUCUCGCAGGCUAGCGGCCUGUCCAAGGCGAGCUUCACGACCUUCUAGCCGCCUCGCUUCAGUCAUUCUUCGCUUGUUGCGGAUCGUCAAGAGCCUGUGCGCCGGACACGGCACACUCGAUGCCUCGCCGUGUUGU